AUACCUCCCUGCUCCUAUCAAAUGGAUCUUCCACAAAUAAAAAACAUCAAAGUCCUCAACCCAAUAGCUCUCAUCCUUCUCUUUAGCUUACGCUCCUUGCGCUCCUACUCCGCAUUAGCUGCUGCUACUGCUGCUGCUACCAAUCCCAUCCUCCCAAACAUUGCUAACGACAAGCUAGCUCUUCUUGCCUUCAAGUCACUACUAUCUGAUCCCCUUGGAGCCUUGACCUCUUGGAGAAACGAAUCCCGCAAUCACUGUAGGUGGUUGGGCGUCACUUGUGGUCGACGACACCCACAUAGGGUCACAGCUUUAGACCUUGAUUCCCUUAACCUCACAGGCAUCAUAUCACCCGACAUAGCCAACCUCACCUUUCUUAGGAGAAUCCAUCUACCGAACAACUUAUUCCAUGGACGCAUCCCACAACAGCUAGGCCGUACUCUCUCCCGACUUGAGUACCUCAACCUUAGUAUGAACUCUCUUGAAGGAGAAAUCCCCACCAACUUCGGCUCCCUUCGUAAGCUUGACACCCUCUUUCUUAGCACUAACAAUCUCACAGGCGACAUUCCUCCUUUGUUGGGAUGUAGCCCAUCGCUCACCCACAUUGAUCUUUCACACAAUCGGCUCACAGGACACAUUCCGCCAUUCCUGGCCAACAACUCAUUCCUUAGUGUUCUUGUUCUAUCAGAUAACAACCUCGCUGGAGUAAUCCCACAAUUGCUAGGAAAUAGCUCUUCCUUACUUGCUCUUGAUCUUUCACAAAAUAAGCUCAACGGCGGAAUUCCACCCAUGCUAGCUACCGGUCCAAUUGAAUAUCUCAGCCUAUCAAACAAUAGUCUGACAGGAGGCAUCCCUUCUUUACUAGGAACCAGCACAUCCCUUCGAUACCUUGACCUAUCAACGAACAGUCUCACGGGAGAGAUCCCAUCUUCAAUGGGGAUCAGUUCGUCGCUUGCGUACUUGGAUCUGCAGUCAAACAAGCUAUCAGGUGGCAUCCCUCGAUCAUUAGGUAACAGCUCAUCCCUCACCUAUAUCGAUCUGGCAAUAAACAAUUUGACAGGGCGUUUGCCACCUUUCUUAGCCAAUCCUUUGAGCCUUUCUUUCCUUGGGCUGUCUAUGAACCAACUUUCAGGAGGCACCCCUUCUUCACUGGGGAACCUCUCCUCUCUCCGGUAUCUUUUUCUUGCGGGGAAUAACUUGGUGGGAGGCAUUCCAGAAAACCUAUGCAACAUCCCCAACUUACAAGAGCUGGAUUUGACCAUCAACAACUUAUCUGGCCAAAUCCCACCUUGUCUUUACAAUCGCUCCUCGCUCACUUAUUUUGGUGCGGCGAGCAAUAGACUUUUCGGGACACUUCCAUCGGACAUGGGCCUCACUCUCCCUAACCUCCAAAGCCUAGUCAUGCAAGGGAAC